AGAGUUCUUUUCGUUGCGCGCAGCUUUUCUACUAUCACAAGCCAUUCCAUUCCCCAAACGCUUGAAUUCGACUCCAACACAAUCAAACCAAUUCUCCAACAUAUAAUUGAAAUUGCAUCGUCUCAAUCAGAGAGAGAGAGAGAGAGACAAUAAAAAAGUUAGAAAUCAACGAUGAUGCUUAGAAUUCGAAGCCGCGACGGCCUGGAGCGCGUGACGGUGGAGAAUCCACGCGCCACAACAGUGUCGCAACUAAAGAGCAUAAUCCAAACGCAGUUGGGGAUUCCGGUGCAGAACCAAACCCUCUCCACCAACCAAAACCUUCUUUUAGCGAAGUCUCUUGAAGAUCUCCUCCGAUUCACCGACAUGUCCAACCCCGACGCGCCCCUCUCUUCGCUCAACCUCUCUCACGGUUCCAUCGUUUUCCUCGCCUAUGACGGCGAACGGAGGGUCCCUGGCCCUGCCUUCAACCCCGCCGGCUCCUUCGGCCGCAAGAUGACCAUGGACGAUCUCAUCGCCAAGCAGAUGCGCGUCACGCGCCAGGAGAAUCCGCAUUGCGAACUCGUCUCCUUCGACCGCGACUGCGCCAACGCGUUCCAGCACUACGUGAACGAGACGCUCGCGUUUGCAGUGAAGCGCGGUGGGUUUAUGUACGGCACCGUUUCGGAGGAGGGGAGGGUGGAGGUGGACUUCAUUUACGAGCCUCCCCAGCAGGGUUCUGAGGAGAAUCUAUUGUUUUUGAGGGACCCAGAGGAGGAAAAGUUGGUGGAGGCUAUUGCUUUGGGGUUGGGUAUGAGGAAGGUUGGGUUCAUUUUCACUCAGACUAUAAGCCAAGAUAAAAAGGAUUAUACUUUGUCUAAUAGGGAGGUUCUUCAGGCUGCGGAGUACCAUGCCGAGAGUGGGUUGAAGGAGUGGGUCACUGCUGUGGUUAAGCUUGAGGUGAAUGAGGAUAUGGGUGCUGAUGUUCACUUUGAAGCCUUUCAGAUGAGUGACGUGUGUGUUCGGUUGUUUAGGGAAGGGUGGUUUGAGACUGAUAUAAAGGAGGAUGAUGAUCCCAAGUUGUCUAAAAUGAAGAAGGAUGUGGUUGUUGGAGUUAAGGAUACAAGAGAAGUUGAUAAUGAUUUCUUCUUGGUGGUUGUCAAAAUCUUCGAUCAUCAGGGUCCUCUUUCAUCAACAUUUCCCAUUGAGAACCGAAAUACUCAAGUGGCAAUGAAGGCUCUGAAGAAUCACCUUGAACGAGCAAAAAAUCUUCCAUUUGUGAAGCGAAUUUCGGAUUUUCAUCUUCUUCUCGUAUUAGCAAGGCUUUUAGACCUGAAUGCUGAUGUUCCUGCAUUGACAGAAUGUGUGCAGACACAAAAUGCUGUACCAGAAGGUUACCAGAUCCUCAUUGAGUCUAUGGCAAACGCUGCUUGAUGCUAUAUGCAAGUGCUCUGGGCUCAUUUAGAAUGGUGACAAACGAAUUAUGCACUCUAUAUUCAGGUCCUUUGCAGCAAUAUGGUACAUAUUGCUCCGCAGCUGUCACUGAAUGGUGGUAUUUUGUACAUUGCUUCUUAUAGCAUUGCUGCGGAAAAAUCUCGCAUCUGUCACUAUACUGAAAAUGAGCUGAUGUUGUGGUUCACUUGUUUUAAUAUUUAAAUUAAUUGGAGAUAGAUCAUACCAGUGUUCACUAUUUUAAGUGCGAUAAUCCUACAAAUUAUGUUAUGAAGAUGUUUUAAAUGUUUGUGUUCAAUGCCCUAAUGGAAUGGCCUUCACAGGCACUGUAGGCGUGGAGCUGAGUGUCGAACUUGGCGAUGAACAGCAUUCUUGAUCCUAUGCUCCACGAAUAUUUGAGUUUUUGCAUGCUACGCAUGACUUAAAUAUUGUUAUAU